UUUAAACUAAUGCGUUCCCUCGUCUCAUCAUGAAUGAUACUCCUUUUAGCAACUAUAGUAGCUGGAGCUGAGGAAGAAGCCUCACCUGCAGCACAAUGUAGAUCCUGCCUUGGAUAUUUUACAAAGAAAUGGUGAAAUCCUUAUGGAUCAAAUGAUUCUGGCUUUUGCUGUGACAUUACUAAUAACUCAGGGAACUGAAAUAAUUACUCUGGAGCAUUUUGAGUUGACAAAUAUGUGCACACCUUUGAUUCUUCAUUACUUGCAUGUCCAAAAGAUUUUUCAAAUUGAGGUCAACAAAAUCAUAACAUCAGCAUCUUUGAGAAAGACAAAUAUAUUACUCAACAUAUUUCUGAUGAAGGCACUGUCUGUGUAUUUAAUUUCACAGUUAUAACAAAUAUUUAUGACAAAGUGAAGAUAAGUCUGGGCACCUUGAAAGGAGCGAGUGUUCAGGUUUACCUCGAUGAUCAUGAUGGAAAAUAUAAACUUGAGCAAGUCAUUGAUGAUACAAAAGAAGUCGACUUUAUAUUAGAUGCACAUAAGAAAUUUUAUGUGUUGGUGAAACCCACAAAUGAUAAUGCAGUAGUAUCCUUAUGGGUUGGAGCAUAUUCAAAUGCAACUGAUGUGGCAAUAAUAAUCAUCCUAAUAAUCAGCUUUGCUCUCUUUUUAAUGCUUUGAGGAUUGGCCAUCUUUGUGUCCUAUAUAGUUUUUAUUAAAUGAAAGGAAUAUAAAAUGAAAAAGAAAAAUAGAUCCAAAAACUUAAAAACAUCAAAUGCUUUUGAGAAUAAUGAAAAACCAUGGGCGACUGAUAACGAUCAUAAGAAGUUUAAAGUUGAAAUGUUAGAUGAUCCAAAUUUUCUAAAUGUUACUCAUCCAAUUAAUCAUGUACAACUAAAGAGUGCUCGCCAAGGAAAGAAUCCACAUAUGAAUAAAGAGAUAAUCCCAGGUAUUGAUGCCAAUUACAUAAUGAGGUUUAAUUCAAAAGUAUGAAAAGUGCACAAAUAUUAACCUGUACAAUCAUGAAGGCUAUUCAGAGUUAUCAAACCAAUCUAAUAUAUUUAUGCCAUUACUCUUUUCAUAGAAAUUUAUGACUCUGGGAAAUUCUUUCUCUUAAAAGCGAUAGUUGAAAAUUAGGGUAGAUAGAGUGUAUAAAAUCAUUACUCUGUACUAGGAAGGACCAGAAUUAUGCCUCUUACAGAAGAAAACUUUGGAAAUUAUUUCUGCUUAUUAUCUUU